UGUUGCAUCUAAAACAGCCAAUACAUGAUUGUUACACCAAGUGCCCAGGAAAAAAAUCGAAUAUGGCGUCCUCUGCUAUGAAAGAGCUUAGAGCGUGUACCUCUUUAAUAAGACAAUGCUGCUCUAACUGGAAAGUUUUCCCCCAAAGCAACGUCACAAAGAGUGUUGCUGUUGUAUCAGGUGUGAGAUAUUACAGAGGAAGCAACAGAGACAAAAGAAGGCGAGAAAGAAACCUUCAGGAAAGACUUAAAAAACGAGAAGGUGUUCAGCCACUAGUUUUUGACAGAAAAGAAUUUUUCAGACAAAACUAUGACAGUGAGUUGUUUGCAUUCAAGAACAGACUAGGUUUAACUUUUCAAGAUGAAAGCAUUCUACGGACUGCUUUAACCCAUGCAUCCUACAAAGAAGAAAAUACUGUUUAUGAUGGUGAUGCUACCAAUGGUAAAACAUUCAGAAAUAAAGAAACAUCUUUUCACACGAGUGAGGACAAUGGAAAAUUAUCGUUGAUAGGGUUAACAGCUUCAUCACUAUACAUUGUUGAUCAUCUGUGUACCACCUACCCCUCGCUGCCCUGCCUGGGAGUUAGAUGCUUUCAUGAUUUUCUUUUAGGACGGGAUAUCAUUGUAAAAGUAUCAAAACUCAUAUCAUUACCAGACUUGAUCAGAUUGGAGGUAAAGUAAAUGAUUCUUUCUGGAUAUUUUAUUAAUUAUGUAUUUGCAAUUUAUCUGC